AUGACACAGCUGGCCGCCGCAGAUUACAGUAACCUGAAGGUCGCAGACUUGCGCAACCUCCUGGCAGAGAAGGGCCUCCCUACAACUGGAAAGAAGACUGAACUUAUCGAGCGGCUCCAGUCCGCUACCCAAUCCGUCUCGUCUGUUGAUGCGGCGUUGGUGGCCGCUGUCUCCCCAGACACUAGCAGCAACGCGCACGCAGGAACUUCAGCUGAGGAUGAUUCAGCAGGAGCUGCUGGUGCCCCGCUGUCUGCCGCAUUGGGCAGACAUCCUGUAGUCAAGCCAGCAAAUGGCUUGUCUCCUGAUGCCGUUGCUCCCGCCUCUGGAGCGACUUCUGCCGUGUCCUCUAUCACGCCUGCCAUGAGUGAGGAAGAGAAGCUCGCAGCAAGAAAGGCCAAAUUCGGCAUCAAAACAGAUAAAGAUAAACUUCAGGAGAGGGCCAAGCGGUUCGGUUUGUUUGACCCUGCAGUAGAAGAAGAAAAGAAGAAGCAACGCGCUCAACGCUUCGGCCUUUCUCCAUCCAGCGCUGCUGCGAGCACCCAGGUAAGAACGAUCAGCACGGAAGAGGCAGAGAAGAGAAAGAAAAGGGCCGAACGGUUUGGGAUUGUUGAUGAGGAGGAGCGCAAGAGGAAGCGGGCUGAGCGGUUUGGCAUCGAGAGCGAGGAGGAAAAGCUGCAGAAGCGGCUCCAGAGAUUUGCAGGCAGUGCCACUGCGUAG